CGCAACAGGGGCCGGAUUCUGCUAGAAGGAUCAAAUGUUUUUGUUUUCGUGUGGGAUGGAAGGUAGCUGACAGGUCGACAUCGAUAUCUACGACGGCAAACGUUUCUCAGCUGAAUCAACUCUACUUGCAGUGACCUUGUAACAGCCUGCAAGAAGACAAAGCCAUGGGGAAUACAAGCAGUGAGAGGGCUGCAAUGGGCCACGGAGAGAAGGCUCAGCGGAGGGACAGCCGAGGUAUCAAAGAGGGCGAGAGGCCAAAAAUCCUCAUGGAUAGCCCGGAGGAUGCUGAUAUUUUUCACGGAGAGGACAUAAAGGCACCCUUAGAGAAAGAGGAGUUCCUUGCUUGGCAGCAAGACUUAGAAUCAGAUGACAAAGCACCAACUCUGGAACGACCGACAGUCUUUCGCUGGAAAGGAGAUGGAAAGGAGGUCUACCUCUCUGGAUCCUUCAACAACUGGGCCAACAAAAUUCCCCUUAUUAGAAGUCAGAACACCUUUGUGGCAAUUGUCGAUCUACCUGAGGGGGAGCAUCAGUACAAAUUUUACGUGGAUGGUCAGUGGACCCACGACCCAGCUGAGCCUGUUGUAACCAGUCAGCUAGGCACAGUCAACAAUAUCAUUCAGGUAAAGAAGACUGACUUUGAGGUUUUUGAUGCGCUAAUGGUGGAUUCGCAGAAAUGCUCUGACAUGUCAGACCUUUCUAGCUCUCCUCCUGGGCCAUAUCAUCAGGAUGCUUAUGUCCCUAAACAGGAAGAGAAGUUAAAAUCUCCACCCAUUCUUCCACCUCACCUUCUACAGGUCAUCCUUAACAAAGACACUGGGAUUUCUUGUGACCCUGCACUGCUCCCAGAACCCAACCAUGUCAUGCUCAACCACCUCUAUGCACUUUCCAUUAAGGAUGGAGUGAUGGUACUCAGUGCAACACAUCGCUAUAAGAAGAAAUAUGUCACCACCUUGCUUUAUAAGCCCAUCUGAUGAAGCAUUCUUUUCUAUAUUUGGAGCUGUUGUUAACUGUACACCGAGUGUACAAAAUACUAGCCACACAUUGUUUUUCAAAAAAAUCUAGUAUAUAUUCCUUCCAGGUUUCACCAGUUAGAUCCAUUCUGACCAAAAGAAGCAGUCCUGAAUAAGCACGAGGGAACAAAUUAAGUUUGUAAAAUGUUGACUUGAUUUCCAGAAAAAAAUUUGGACUGAGGGUUAUAGUAAUUGCUUUACAGUAAUACACUAAAAGCAAUACAUACAAAUAACAAAUGAUUCAGUUGGACAGCCACUUACUGAAAAACAGACAGAAAAGAGUUAUUUUAAAGGAAGCCUGCUGUAAAAGGCAGUUUAAGUGAUGAUGCUGCUUUUCCCAUGCAGUACAUCACAUCUGAUUUUUGUGUCAUAUAUCAGCGCAACUAACUAAUAGCUGGAUUGGAUUGGUGGGUAAAUGGGGUCACUGUGUUCACUUCAGUUCUGUGUUACUCUGUUUACUAUAGAAAUAUUUAAUACGUAACAUAGACUAUAGUAAUUAUAUAGAACAUCGUGGUUUUUGGGCACCUGUUUUGAAGCCUGAAGUUGGGUACUUCAAGUAUUAUUUCUUUUCUUUUCUUUUUUUAACUGGCAAACGAGUGGUGGUUGUGACACUUAGUCAUUACAUACAAAACAGUGCUCUUACAGUAACCUGCUUUUUCCCUAGUUUUACCCUGAAUGCGACUGCAGUUUCCAAAGUGAACAUAAUUUAGUGUUACAUAAGAUGACUGAAAGCAUAAACUCAUUAAUAAAGUGUUUACGGUGGUCAUAAGUCAAUAGAAAAGUAGGGUUAUUUUACUAAUAGACUUCAAUAAAAUCUGAUUUCUUUUUUGCAAUAAGUGGGCUUUUCCCCUGCUGGAAAGAUUACAGGUUUAAAGCAAUACUGUUUUUAAUAUACAGUCUUUGGCCAGCAACACCCACUAGCUUCAUUUUAAUAGCAAGAACUAACAAAGCAUGCAGGGAGCCAGCAGUAAAGGGUAAGUGGAGGCAUUUCAUGAUUCCUACACUAGUAAGUUUGCUUGGUUGGUUUGUUUGCAGUGCUCUGUGUAUUAGUUUUGAUUUGGCAAAGUCAGCUGAUGACAGAAAAGUGCAGUUGACGGUGCUGUCUGUGCCAGCUUGUCUUUUUGCAUUUUGUUUGUUAACGUCACAUGCUGCAAAGCUUUUAGUGCAUUUUAAUAAAAUGAAAAGUUGUGCUCUAAUUAAUUAAAAACAACUUCACAGUAAAGCAGCAAAGAGAAAAGCACAGCUUCUCUCACACUUUGCUAAAAUGAAGGAAAUGUGGUAAAUUAUCUUUUAUUCAUUUCUUAAUGUUAUAUUUAUUAGUUUAUUAAAUAUUGUUAAGUACCAAAAUGACUACUAAUUUAUAUAUACUAUGUAGUGCUAAGACAAUUAAGGGAACACUUGAACGAUUGUAACUAUGAUUUUUGCUGUGAUUUUUGAAUCCAGCCCCCAGAGGGUUAAUGAGUUUGGUUUUUACUGACUGUUAGGUCGUUUUGUUCUCAACAAACUACACAAUGUAUGUCAGUAAAGAUUGUUUUACUUGAAUACUUCAUUCGUCAAGAUCUAAUGUGUAAUGUCAUUUUCCCCUUUUUAUUUGGUAUAUUUUGGUUAUUCAAAGGUCGGAAGGGAAUGAUUAAGGCAAGUGCAUAUACAAUGGCAUUGAGUGAUGCCCAAAGUGAUGGUACCCAUGUCUAUAUUGUGACUGAAAAUACUGGCUCAGUAAAUUCUUGUAACCUGCAUGACAGUUAUAGAUUAACCUAAACAUUAUAAGAGAUUAGCAACUCUGAGAUUAUGCACACAAUUUGUAUUACCAGUUACUGUGCACAUCUGUUUAGUAUGGUAAUGUCACUCCAUUCCCACUUAAUCUGCCUCUAUUUGUUCCAAUGACUGCCCUUUGCAGUGCUGAACUUUAUCUUUUCUUAGCAGAAUGUGGUAGAACAUGAACACGUUUGUAAUUAAAACAGACAAAAAUGUAAGGACACAAAAUGAUUACUAAUGCUGAGAAAACCUCAUUGAAAGACCUCAGAUAAGUACGCGCUGCUUUUGUCUUUCUCGUGGCUGAGAAGCCCACAGCGGCACAAUCAAGAAUGUAAAUGUUGAGGUCAAAGAAGGACAAAAUGCACUGUGGUAGCUUAACUGUUCAGCUAUUUAUGUUGUUGUUUAUUUAUUUAGCAAUGAUCACACUGAGCACAUUAAAUAAGUUUUGUUAACUAUUCACCAAUAUAUCUUUUUUUCCUAAAUUGUUUUGUUUGUGUUGUUGUGAAAACUAGUCUUAGUUGUGGUUAUGACCAUUCCAGUCAGUUAGACAAGAGUAAAAAAAAACAAACUAAUGUGUUGCA